AUGGACGAGUCCGGAUGUCGCGAUAUAUUCAAGCAGGUCGUGAGCACGACCCACCACCUGCACACUAAGUCUCUGGUGGUGCACCGCGACAUUAAGGAUAAGAUUGCGGUUCUUGAUGAGGAAUGGGGAAUCAAUUUGAUCUACUUGGUAGUGCGGCGUAUAUCAAGAACGGCCGAAUAUGCAGCCCCCGAGAUCCUGCAGGGUGAGUUGUACCGGGGCAAGGAACAAGACAUCUGGGCCCUGGGCAUCCUGCUCUACGAUUGUGUAUGGAAGAACCCGUUCUAUACCGUCGAUGAGAUCCUCGACCACCCGUGCCGCAUUCCCUAA